AUGGUCCGCGCUCACGAACUAGUCAAUCGAAAAACGAAUGGAUCGCGUGGCCAACUCAUCUUUAUUGUAGCCUACAAAAUUAUAUAUACUCUUGAAACAAAUAACGCCCGCGAGAUAUUGCAGUACCAACAGGAAGGAGACAACUGCAAUGUGGUCUAUGGGAACGAAAUAUCAAAAUUUCAAAACUCGAAUUUCGUGUCAGUUUUCUGUGAAGACUUUUACAAAAUUCUGCUGGAACAAAUCAUUACUAUGUCUGAUUUGUCAAUUGCGCCUAUGGGGGAUUUCGCUUGCCCAGAUUCGAUCAGUUCUCAAAUCCUGGACACUGUCAAGACUUCGCUGAGCCUUAGAAGUGUGAAAUUGGAUAUUGAGAGAUUGGAAUUAGAGAUUUUUGGAUUUGAACAAGUCAUGGAUAUUCUUUCCUUUGUCAAUCCAAAACAAUUGUAUUUCCUGAUUCUGAGAUUUCCUGCUCCUGGUGCUCAAGAGGACUUUGAACAAUUGUUGGCAUUAGAGCGAUGGAGCGAGUUUGAGAAUUUAGAACUGGAAGUGCACUGGCAUACCGUAUCUGCCAAGGAAAUAAUGUGCAUAAAAAAGACUCUCACAACAUCUCGUGCUUUCGGAUCUAUUAUGAUUAGGUACAAAGAAAUAGAUGAAGAAAAAGUGAAGGAAAUGCUAGGUCAUUCUCGACGAGAAUUAGACCAUUACGUUGAGCGGUAUAUCCGAGUACCGAAUAGUACAAUCCAGGUGUUGCGCACUACAAUAGAAUAUUAUUGUCAUAGCCUCCGCGUUGAUCGAGUAUCAGAUAAAGAUAUUUACGAUUCUCUUCCUGCGUCGAAUGAAGACUUAAUUCCGUUUGAAGUUAACAGUGAUUCGUCGAAAACAUUAGCAAACAAAACAAUAAUAGAACUGCUAUUGGAUCACCUUGGUUUCAUUGAAAUUCAAACCCUCCGAAAAGUCUGCUCAAACAUUCGUACCUGCAUAGAUCACUUCAAGCCAAACCCAAAUCUCACAAUACUUCGAAUAUGGAUAAAGAGCAGAUAUGUUUCUAUCAAAAUGGGAUUCAAAAACGGAUCUUGUCUGGAAACUGGCUAUAGAAAGGUGGAAUCAGGAUGUAAAGUGGGGAAAACAUUGGUGAAAAAAGACGUUUACCAAACUUGCCUUGAUGAUUUAAAAUCAAUUCUGCCUAGGAAACAAAUUAAUUUGGAGGAAUUCGAACUUGCGUUUGAUUUCUUUCGUGAUCCAUUCGCCGGGAAAUAUUUUAAAGGAGCGAUAGAAUUUAUAGAAAGAGUUAAAGAAGUUCUAACUCCGAAUAAUGUGUUAAUGAAAGUCCGAAGAUUCUUUCAUUUGGAGAACUGCGUGCCACACAAUGUGAUACUGGAACCAAUCAAAUGGUUGGAACCGAUCAGUUUAGAAUGUAUCCAGACAUACACAGAGAAAGACAUUUGGCACACAGCCGAUGGAAGUGAAGCGAACAUAAAAAUGAGUGAAGUGGUGAAAUUGAAAAUGGACACUAAUCAAUGGCAAUAUGCAAAGGAGUAUGUGAAUAAAGAGUUUGCUUUAUUGAGGGAAGUUAAUCCAAUUCACUUUGUUCACUUCUCGAAAAUUGAUAUUACCGUCAAAAAUUGGACAAACGAAGAUUUUUUCAAUUGGCAAGAGGAAAUCCUCUACUCUCCGUCUUUCAUCAAAUACAAAAUUUCGUUUGAAAACUGCUCUAUCGACAAUGAUAUCUACAACUUGCUAGGAUUGCCGUAUAGAACUGUCAAUGGAAGAAGCACUUGGUACUUCAAAAUGCCUGAGAAGAAUCUAGUACUUCAUGUCAUUUAUUACGCAUCAAAAUCUAUUAUUUUCACUCGUGUUGAUAUAGAAGACGUUCCGGAAGUUGUUGUUAUGAAUUUCGAUGUUCAACUUAUUGAUUAG